AUGUCAACACUUACAACUACAAGUUCACCACAUUUAACGCAGCUUCGUUCUCUUCAAACACCGUAUCAAGUGAAAAAUGAGGCUGAAACAGAAACAUCUCAGUCUAUCUCAUCAACAUCAAAUUACAAAAUUUUACCUGCUACUAAAAAAGCUUUUAUUCCUGAUUGGUUUAAAAGAAAAUUUAGUAGAAUGAAUCCAACUUUAUAUUUGGAGAAUCAAGCAAGCGUAGCAAGAGAUCAUUUGGCAAAUGAACGAACAUUUCUUGCGUGGCUAAGAACCUCUUUAGCAUUUAUUAGUAUCGGUGUUGCUAUAACACAAUUAUUUCGACUGAAUGUUAAACCCGAUGAAGCAAAAAUGGGCAAACCACUGGGCGUAAUAUUCAUAGUGCUUGGAAUAGUAUUUUUAAGUUUUGGAUUGAUACGAUAUUUUCGUUCACAAAGUGUUAUGACACGCGGAAAAUUCCCAGCAAGUCGAGGAACUAUUGUAAUUGGAACCAUUAUCACUAUGUUGUCUCUGCUUG